GACUGGACUUCCCUUUUUAGUUGGCAGUCACUAUCUUUGUAAUCAUGGGAGAGAAGGAGGCAAUAAAAGUUGUCCAGAAGAGUCUGGGCAAGUUGGAGAAGAUGAAAAGUUACAACAACAAAGAUGCCAUGAAUGAAUUAAAGAUUAUUGGUGACUGCUAUUGGGAUUUUGAAGUAUUUAGAAAAGAAGUUGGAGAAGCAUUAAUUGAAGGAAAAGCUGCAGACCUGUUUGUGAAAAUUCUCAAAGAUCUUGCCACACCCGGUUACUUCAAGAAUGACGAUGUCUGGUUUUCUGCAUAUUAUGCCUUUAACAACUCGUGGAACUUUAGCGAUGCCAGCUUGCAUUUUGCUACUACUCUGGGAGAUGCAGGCAUGGUUAAGUUAUGUGUUGGUAUAUUGGACACACCUGCGUAUCGACAGAAGCUUGAUAAGUCUAAGAACGUGGACUAUAUGUGUAAGGCGUGCAUGAGUAUAUUGCACAAUCUGAGUAAAUCGGUUACACUCAAGCACUAUUUCCGUGACGAAAAGGUUGUUGAAAAGAUCCAGGUGUAUGUGGAAUGCGGCCCAUUCCUGAAGGCUCUGACAAUGAUGGUGAUUGCGGCUAUCAUUGAAGAGUCGGAAAUGGCAUACCUGAAAGACACAGGCACAAUUCAGUACCUAAUUGAGAUGUGUGAGAAGGCUAUGCAGAGCAAGGACAGAAGGUGUGAGGGCUUCUCUGUAAAGGAGUUAGUUGAAGGUCUGGAAAGGCUAGCUGUUAAUAAGGAAAAUUGUAAAACAGUAAUUGAAUCCAAAGGACUGGAGACUUUGAAAAAAGUGCUGUCCUUCCAUGACAACACUGAGCAGGUGCAGGCUAUUAAAGCCAUUUGGAGCCUGGCUUUUGAUGAAGAUUACAGUCGUCCUGCGCUAAUUGCUGACCAAGGUAUUUUACCUCUCUUAGAAAAACUAGCCAAGAGUGGUGACAAGGAAGUGAGGAAAAAUGCCCAAGGAGCAUUGUGGGUAGUGAAGGGGAACACAGACAAAGUACAUGUAGUUGCAGCUUCUAGUGAACUGAGGAAAAGAGAUGAAAAGCAUGUAAUGAUAAGCUAUCAAUGGGAUGUCCAGAGCUUGGUUGUUAAGAUUAAAGAUGCCUUAAAGGAUUGUGGCUACAAAGUUUGGAUUGAUGUAGAAUCCAUGGAAGGCUCUACAUUACAGGCGAUGGCAGAGGCUGUAGAGGAUGCUGAAACUGUGCUUAUCUGCAUCACUGAGAAAUACAAGUUUAGUCAAAACUGUAGAACCGAGGCUGAAUAUGCCUUCCAGCAACGGAAGCAUAUUGUUCCAUUGAUGUUAGAACAGGAAUACAAACCUGAUGGUUGGCUGGGAAUGAUUUUAGGAACCAAGCUAUAUGUUGAAUUCCGAGGCAAUUAUGAUUUUAAUCAGCAAAUUCCUAGGUUAACUAAACAGAUUGGACAAAAACAAGGUGUGAAAGAGGUUGUGACAGCUGUAGACUCACCUGAUGUUGGCAGCAAACCUCCUACUGGUAAACAGUACUCUGUGAUGAACUGGCCUAAAGAUGGUGUUAGUAACUGGUUGGAAAACAUCGGUCUUGAGAAGUAUGUCCAUAGAAUGAUCACCUUGACACAAUGUCAACAUUAUCAUAAGCUCUGCCUAGAUUAUCAAAUUUUCUUUGACAAAAAAAAUGUUGUAUGCCCAAAUAUAGCCAUUAUG